AUGAAUCAGAUGAUGGACAUUUCCACUAUACAAGAAGACAAUCAACUAUUACAAAAAAUUACAAAGUAUUACUGUGAUAACUCGAUUGAAAAUAAUCCUAAAAAUGUAAACAAUUUAAUGGAUUUCAACAUACCUAUACAACAAAUACUACCAAAUGAUAUAGUAAACUCAUCAAAUUUAAAGUCUGAUGUAGAUGAAAAUGGUAUUAAAAGAAAGCAAUUUCAAAAUGAUUUGUCCUUGUGUGAAAAACUAAAAAAACAAAAAAUAAUUUAA